CCAUUUCAUUCGCCCAUCCUCAACGAAAUGGCUUCUGGCGAAAAAAGACGGAUCAAGACCCGGGAAGCAGGAGGAAAGACUCCAACUCAUGAAGACGCUACGCUCGAGCAAAAAGCUCCACGGGACUCUCUCGCUAUUAGCAAUAAGUUCGCCAGCCUAGACGGAGAGGAUGACAGCGAUAUGACAGUGGACGAGCGGACAAUCUUAGUGCGAAAUAAGACUGUCGAGGAGAACACCAUCAAGGAGACAGUAACAGUGUUGACUAGUACCAAGAUCGUACACAGCACCUCCAAUCAUACAGAGAGUGUGCCAAAAAAGAGAAAGAUCGAUGAAGCUAACGGCAAUGAGUCCAUCCGGGAACUGUCAAAGCUUGAGCGCAAGCAGCUGAAGAAGAAGAACAAGACGAUUGCAAAGAAAUCAGAAGGCAACGGAAGCAGGCCAUGCUUCAUGCUUAGUCGUGACUACGACAAACUCAGCAUCAAGGAUAUUCGGGACCUGGUCAUAUACCUACUGACAGAGACAAAGACAUUGCCUUGGAUUAUGGUCAAGAACAAGUUCAGGAUCGACAAAGUCCUUCUUCUGUAUGUUCCAGGACUCGAUCCUAAUUUCUUCAACAUCGAUCUACAAGAUCCAGAAGCGCGGAAGCCGAUCCCCUGGGCGCAAAGGGCCAUGAGUGGACCUGCCACGGAGUUUCAGCAUCUCAAGACCUUUUUUGAUGUCAUGAAUGUGAUGAAGGCCGGAGGCGACAAGCAAAGAAUCCAUCAUCCAGUCGACACACUUUUGAACGUACCUCUGAGCAAUGCAGAGCAGCGGCGGAGAGAUCAGGAGAUGAAAUCAAAAAGGCUGGCCGCGAAGAAUUUUGGACAGGAGCAUUACAUGUUAAGGAUUGAAGACUUGAGGGAGAGCAACUUUCCAUUACCAACGUAUCUUGAUUCGGAUGCAAAACUUGCGGAGGAAUGGUUCGAAACAAAACAAAAGACUUCGAGACCAUCUGUUCCAAAAAAAAUGGUCGCCAUGGACUGUGAGAUGGUCCGGACAACUGCUGGAUCAGAGGUGACCCGUGUGUCGGUGGUCGACGAUGAAGGAGUGGUCAUAUACGACGAGCUGGUGAUGCCUGAUAACCCGAUCGUGGACUAUUUGACGCAGUACUCUGGCAUGACCGCUGAGCGACUGAAUGGCGUUACGACGAAACUAGCGGAUGUGCAGAAGAAACUGCAGGAACUCGUCACGUACGACACGAUUCUGGUCGGCCACUCGCUCGAAAACGACAUGAAGGUGUUAAAGUUUGCGCACCCAUUCAUCAUCGAUACCACAGUGGCUUUCCAUCAUACACGCGGACCACCCUUCCGACCCUCAUUGAAAUGGCUCGCGCUUAAAUGGCUUCAGAGGAGAAUCCAGGCUGGCGGCGAUAAAGGCCAUGACUCUGUAGAAGAUGCCCGUGCAUGCAUGGAUCUCGCCAAAUUAAAGAUUCGGGAGGGACCCGGUUUUGGGGAAUAUAAUCAGGAUCAAGAAUCUAUUUUUUCAAGAAUAUCGCGGCAUACAACCCCAAGAUCCUCUGCUGUGAUCGACCGCGAGACGUUUAUCGGACAAUCAGCAGCGAGUACAGUUAUUAAGGCGGCCAACGACACGGAGGUCGUCGAGGCAGUUGCGGGAGCGAUCCAAGAACACAACCUUGUCUGGGCCCGGCUUCGGGGUAUGGAGAUUAACUAUGGCAGGGGCCGACCAUCGCCAGCAGAAGUGGACCCAGAGGCAUCGGCCGGCACGAAGGCCUCUGCACCAUCUACACCGCAUGCUCCAAGUGCAGAUAGGGAUGAAACAGAAGCGACAAUGGAAGAACUCCUCGAGGCGGUCAAGAGCAUUGACAAGAGUAUUGCUAAAAUUAUCGAGUCCUUGCCCGAGAACACAGCUGUAAUUGUGACGAGUGGGCAGGGAGAUCUCCGAGAAGUCCGGAGGAUGCAGGCGCGCCAAAAGAAUUUUCAAAGGCUGUACAAUACUCUCAAUCUGAGUGCUAUUCCCAAGGAGGACCAGUUCUUGGACGAGGACCAGAAGGCAUUGGAAGAGGCUGUGAACCGGGCCAAGCAUGGUGUAUGCUUUUUUAUGGUGCGGUGAAUGGGUACUACGUAAUGCCAUACCAGCUAUUUCUCCAAGGAUCACCAUACAAAUAUAAAAUGACUUCGCCCACAUUCUCCCAAC